GAAAGGGAAAGAAGCUUCGUACCUUCUUUUCUGCUUUCGUCUCGUUGUUAAAGUUCGACUCGCUCCUCCUUACAUACCCACACGCCCGCACACCCAUCCGCACUGCAACAAGAUGCUUCUACCAAAAUCCACCGCCGCCGCCGCGCCAUUACUGCUCUUGCUAGCAGUCGCCGCCCAAGCGGCCAUUAUCCCUCCCGUCGCUGAGGUGGCCACAGCAGCAGCCGCCGCCGUAGCAUCGAUUCCCACGACCGCAGCAGAGGUAGCAGCCGCCGCCGCGCUCAACAAGGAACCUGGCAGCGUGGAUGCGCCCGUCGACGGACUCGACGGGAAACCUCACGAUGGCCCCGGCCUACGAGAAACCAGAGAGAAGGGGACCGGCAAGGUGGGCAUCUCCGGGGGCUCGUUGCACGUAGAUAUAAAGAACCCACCGCCGCAUACGGGCGACCAUGAGAUCGUUGAUAUUAUUGCUCCUAAUGAUGGGGAUGAGCCCACGGAGGCUCCGGUGGAGAUCGACGAGAAGACCGGGAAGGUCAAGUCGCCGCCCACGACACCCGGCGCCCCCGUAUCCGAUCACGAACACAAGGAAUACGUACAACCCGGCACCGACACGAUGAAGGACCCUCCGGUCGACGCGCCGUUGCAUCUGUCUCCCGUCGACCCGGCCGGCGAAGGAUCGUCCAUCUCGCAGCCCAUGCACUCGUUCGGCCUUAGUUUCCUGAUGAUCAUCUUCUCGGAGAUCGGUGACAAGACGUUCCUGAUCGCGGCGUUGAUGGCCAUGAAGCACCCGCGGAUAGUCGUCUUCACCGCGGCGUUGUCAUCGCUCAUCGUCAUGUCCAUCCUGUCGGCAGUCCUCGGCCACGCAGUGCCCACCCUGAUCCCCAAGCACCUUACCGCCUUCCUCGCCGGAGGGCUGUUUUUGGUUUUCGGCGCGAAGAUGAUCAAGGAGGGCCUGGAAAUGGAGAAGGGCACAGGCAACGUGCAGCACGAGAUGGCCGAGGUCGAAGCCGAGCUGCAAGAGAAAUCGCGCAACCGCGCCUCGUCCCUCUCCCGAAAACUCGAGUCCGGCACUCUUGCACCCUCGCGGUCACACUCUCUCCGCCGCAACACCUCCUCCCCUUCCCUCUCCGACUCGGACGAGGACGAUUACGCGUCCGCACGCGGAACGGGCAAGGGCAAGAAGAUGGGCAUGCUCGAGGGCGUCCAGAACCUGGCGGGCCUGCUGCUCUCCCCCGCGUGGGUGCAGACAUUCAUCAUGACGUUCCUGGGCGAGUGGGGCGACCGCAGCCAGAUCGCCACGAUUGCUAUGGCUGCUGGGCAAGAUUAUUGGUAUGUUACUAUUGGUGCCAUUUCGGGGCACACUAUUUGCACCGGAAUUGCGGUUAUUGGAGGUCGGAUGCUGGCAUCGAGGAUUAGUGUCAGGAAUGUAACCCUCGGCGGCGCGGUUGCCUUUUUGGUAUUCGGAGUGCUGUACCUGGCCGAGGCCAUCUACGCCUGAUUCUACGCCUGAUCAUGCCGUACCGUACCGUAUCGUACCGUAUCCCUUUCUUCAACGAUGGUCUGCUUUCGGCGAAGCCGCCGUUAAUUUAGACGAGUGCGUGCGUGUGUGUGGGGAAAAAAAUAAUAGUAGUCUGUAGUGAUGUUUGUUUCUUCUUCACUUCACCGUUUCGGUUCUUCUG